UUUGCUUUAGAUAUUUUUUCUUUUUUUCAGGGAGUUUUCGAUAACUUUACCACAUCGGAGUACAGCGGCAAUGAAAAGCUACUCCCGGAGAACAGGCAAAAAAUCAAAUCUUUAGACGGAAUAGAGCUGACAAUGCAAAGCCGACGUCUUUUCGAUGCCAAAUACUUGGAUACAGAAACUGCGCAGUACAUUUCAGACGCGAGCUCGUUCAAAAACGAACACAGCGGAUUGAGUGCCGCAAACUGGCUACCUAUAAGCGACCCUAGUUUACCGUCAGGUCCGAAUCCCGUGAAAACCGUGCAACAAGGGUUUCAGGCUAUUCCAGAGACUAUGGUUCAACAGUUCCUGGAUGCAAGUUCAGCAAACAGGUUUCAUCGCAACCACCACCUACGAAGUAUAUCUAAGAAUGAGGACGGGAAUUACGUACUGACAUUCCAGCCCACAGAAACACAAGCAGGCGUGACCUCGGAUGACAAGUCUGCAUCGACAAAGCGUGCAUGUGCCAGAAAGGUUGUACUGGCAAUUCCUAAACUAGCGUUACAACACCUAGAUUGGAAGGGUCUGAAGGAAGACACGGUGAAGGAUAUGCUCGACAACGCUGUUAGGGAUAGUCCAGGAGCUAAGAUGUAUUUUGGAUAUGAUGAUGCGUGGUGGAGAAACUUGAGUCUUGCAGCGCCAUUUGCUGUAUCAACGACGCCUCUCAGACAAACAUAUGACUAUGCCGAGUCCAAAUCAACGGCUAAAGCAGUGCUAAAUCCCUCAUAUACUGACAUGUAUAUGCCCUUUUGGGAAGAAAUAGUAAGGAACGGAGAUUUUCUACCAUCUACCGAUACCGGGGACAUGUCUAUCGCAAUGUCUAAUACAAGCGUCUACCUAGCCAGAAAAUUGUAUGCCGAGAUCUUCAAUUUGACAGUUGACGAUGUACCUCAGCCCAAAUCAGCAGUCAUGGCCCUUUGGACAAGUUAUCCGUACGGAGCAGCCUGGUAUGAAUGGAAUCCGGGAUACAGAUGGGGUGCGGUCGAGACGAAAAUGUUGAAGCCUUCUGACACAGAUGAUGUUUUUAUUGCCUCUAAUAUUUUCUCGGUGCCCUGGGCUGAGGGAGGACUUGAUAUGGUUGAGAAAAUGUUAAAAAUUCUGUGAGAAUCAGAAUAUGUCAUUUUGAUUUUAGAGGACACGAUCGAAUGUUGAUUUACUGAGUAUAUAACUCAUAGCUUAUCGAAAAGCUGAGAUCCUUAUUUUUCAUAUUUUAGCACUAAUUUUGAUGCUGAUAAAUGUAGUCGCACUUAAUCAUAUUGGUUGCGAUCAAACUAUAAGAAGGAAUAGAUAUUCAUUAACUAUAUUAAUAAUUACUGCAAAAAAUGAAAGCAAAUUGAUCAUCGAAAUAAAACUCACACUCACCUGUAAAAGAUAAAACGGUAAUUAGAAAACCAUGAAAACAAUAUUAUAAAUUUCAAAAUUUUAUUCUUUAUUAUAGUCUCAUCCACAUAUAUACAAAUAAUAAACCAUAAAAUAUAAACAAACACAGAAUGUACCAUGGCAUUUUACAAUUAGUAUUACAUUAAACUAUUAUCACAGAUACAUGUAGUGCUACAAUAAUAUAAUUUUUUUUUAUAUUUUUAUAUCACAGAUACACUUCUCAUGUCGUUUUUUGUUUUCACAUAUAUAUUAAUUUAUCAUAUUUCUUUGUUAUACCUUGAGAUUUCUUCAUCAAACAUUGUGUUCAUACCCGUACCGCAAUAACAUUAUAUUCUAGAGCCGAUUAUUCAUUUAAGCAAACAGCUUUAAAGGGACUGACCUCCAGAUUUUGGCUUCAAAUUAUCUUUCUUUCAAAUUGAAGAGUAGUCAUAUAAUGAACAUUAGAAUAUGAGUUUUUGUUACUAAACUGUUUCUAAAAUGUCAAAUAAAGAAAAACGAAGAUGACCGCGUCGGGAAUCGAACACAGACCGCCGCGGCAAUAGAAUAAUUUUCUGCUGUCGCUACCAGGAGUAUGUGGAGGAUUCAGUGUUUAAUGCGCGAUAAAUAUCGAUAUUUAUAAUCGAGAAUAUUAACCUGGAGUAAAGCGCUACAAACGCUUUGCGACUUUCAUCGUAAAUAGUAGUAAAAACUACUAUUUCUCAUGGUUUCCGCAACAUAUAGUCUGUCAGUAAUCAAGUUUUAAAGCAUUCUUAUGAAAUAUAGCAUUUAUUUCCAUAUAUUUGAAAAAAUAUUUUUGUUGUUGUCGAACAAUCUGGACGCCAGUGCCUUUAAGAUUAAACUCAUCUAAGACGCUAACCGGAAUAUAAAGUGAUACUGGGCAUAUUCCAUUUGUUUGAAGAAGAAAUCUUAAAAUUCAAAUUAUCUUAACCACAACUUGUAUGUAUGAAACUGAUAAGAAAGUACUAAUUGAUGUUUUGUAAACAGCCGCGAUGCAGCAACAAGCGGUUACCCUUACCAGGAAAAAUAAGCCAGACAAAACCCUUUAAACCAUUUGCACAAUUUUAUUUAAAUCCAGCAUAUGAAUCAAACUUGCUGGGGCAAAUUGGGGUUUAUAUGUUCAAGACUUUUCAAGGGCGUUUUUGUCCAAAAACACAAGGUAACAAGCCAGAAUAAUAAAGCCAUAUUGUUAAGUGAUAAUCAAAGUGAUAAUCAUUUCUCUAGUACAGGAUGUCAAACUUAGCAAAGUCAAAAGUAGGAAAUGUCAAUCAUAGGUGAGAUAAUUACCUUAAGGGUAGAAUUUACGUUUCACUGAUUAAAGAAUUGAAAUACGAUUUUUCAUAAAGAUGAAAAAUCAGAUGUUAAUUAAAAUAUUGGAAUCAAACAACAUGUAUCAAAAUCCAAGUCGUAUAUUCACAUAUAAAUUACAAGCAUCAUUUUGAUAUCAAAUAAGUCCUACUGAGUUUUAUAAUUUAAAUAUAAAAAAUGUUCAGCUUUAAAGCAAUAUAAUAGAAAAGGUAAAAAAAUAGAUCCCAAUAGCCAUGUUAAGAAUUGCAGUGACUAAAUUUUGAAAUAUAUGCGAUAUAUAGUACUACAUAUAUGGCAAGAUGAUAACAUAUCUUUGCCGCGGUCAGAUAAUAGGAGUAAAUAAGCACUUAAUAGUCAAAUGUAAUGAAAAAUGUUUUAAUCUAUAGAACAAAUAGACAUAAUUAUACAUAUGAAAUAACCAUCUCUGAAGUAUUAAGAAACAGGGUUUGGCUAAAACUCUUACAAAAUGAUAAUCAGUAAAAUUCAAUUUCAUUUGACCAUUAUUACACAAGUUCAUAGAAAUACAUGUAGGUGCAGAAAUGUAACUCUGGCUCUUUCAAAUAGAGUAUUUCUUGUGUUACAAUACCUAUUGCAUUCAAGCAGUGCAUGAAUCUACUAUUAUUAUUGACAAUACAAAAUAAGCUAAAACGCCUAUCAGCUGGCAACGAGUAAAAAUGCAUUCAACCAUAGCCUUUGUAUCUGGUCAUUUACGACCAUUGUGGUAUGUGAAUAAACGAAUGCACACAUUGUAGGAUGUAGGAUAAAUAUACUGCCAUUUGUUUUACAUAUCAAAUCAAAGAGGUUUCAAAGCAGGAUAUUAACGUUAGAAAGAAAGCACGUAGACAUUUGUUUCCAUGUUCUCUCGGUCAAUACGGAUGUGGGUUCAAACCUGAUUUAGGAUGCAAAAUUCUGCAUGUGCUGGUUUAAUGAAGGUCAGUGGUAAUACGAUGAAAUGACGCCCUAUGGGUUUUCCUCUAUUAUUAAAGCUAGGAAGUCACCAUGUGACCCAGACUUAUGUUGAUGUGACGUUAACGCCCCUCCCAACCCCCAAAAACAAAAACAACACAAACCCAAAACACUUUAGUUCCUCUACUGUUCUAGUUAAAAAAUACAAGCAAACAAUUAUAAGUAAAUGUAUUAGAUAGGUCAGUUUUUGCAAGAUUUUAUUUAACUUUCAACACUGAUAAUAAAAUCGAAAUUGUAGUCAAUGUAGCUAAUGACUGUAAAAAAUUGAAGGUGCUAACCCAUGAUAGGAUAAAAUGUUAUGCAUUUACAGAGUGACUUUGAGUUGUACAUUUUUAACACACACCAUUCAUAUAUUGUAUUAAUAUACGAAAUUAUCAAUCGUCAAAAUAUUGCAAUAUAUUUUUUCUGUAUAUUAUUAGUAUUCGCGAAUCUUUUACUGACAUACUUUAUAACUGCAUACUAACUUUAAAUGAUUACAAUCUUCAUCAAAUGUAUUUAACAUAGAUACAUAUAAAAAAAAACUAAAUGGCAUUGCAUAUUUAGAGUUACUUUUACAAUUUGGUGUCAUUUAGUAUCUGGCAUUUGUUAGAAAUUAUAGGUCCUGUGUCGUAAUUGUUCAUUUUCCAAACAUACAGUUGGGACAUAAGUUCUCAUCAACGUUGACGCCAGAGUUACAGGGAUAUCAGUUUGUUAACUGACGCUCUCUAACAACGAAGAACAAAAGAUAGGAUGCAUCCACGUCAGCAGUAACCAAACAAGAGGUCAAGCUGUUGUGAGUUUAUACAAAAUGCAGCUGCUAAAUCUGCUCUUCUACUAGUUCCAUGCUUUCUUGAAAUAUCAAGAUACUCCAUGAACUUCUUCAUCCCCAUUUUGGGGUCAAACUAGGUCAAUCAAAGGAAAAGAUUUUUAUCACUCUUGUUGCCACCGUUAUAACACUAUCUUUAUGAAACUUGGCCAGAAUGUUUAUCUAGAUAAUUCCUAGGCCAAGUUCUAAACUGGUUUAUGUGGAGUCCAAAAACUAGGUCACCCACUAAAAUCAAGGGAAAAGCUUGUUAACACUCUAAAGGCCAUAUUUAUGACCCUAUCUUCAUGAAACUUAGUAACGUAAAGAAUGUUUAUCUUGAUGAUUCCAAGGCCAAGUUUGAAAUUUGGUCAUGCGGGAUCAAAAACUAGGUCAUCACUUAAAUCAAAGGAAAAUCUUGUUAACGCUUUAGGUGCCACAUGCAUGACCCAGUCUUCAUGAAACUUGGUCCGAAUGUUUAUCUUGAUAAAUACAAGGCCAAGGUUAACACGUGAGCGAUAUAAAGUCAUUUUGAUCCUCUUGUUUAAUGGACACACCCACACAAUUAUCGGUCAUAUGUCGACUUUCGGUGUAUGACCCUCAGGGUGCCGUUCUUAUGGGAAUCAUUUCAUCAUGUGCAGGCACCUGGUUAGACAAAUCAACAUUUCGUAGCUUCUUGACCAACCAAAUUGAGGUUUCGAACACACAGCAGUGAGUGGUUAAUCAGGUUUGUGUAUGAUAUAGUAUAAUCUGGUGUUUUGCAAUCAUGACGGUUUUAAUUGUGUAUGCUCAUUCUAACGAAUCAUGGCCAGAUUCAGAAAAUAUCUGUGGUUUGCUGCCCAGCAUGUUAUCUCAUUAUCACUGACAAGCUAACUGACCACAGUGAAUUAUGGCCCAACACUGAAGGCUGAUAUAACACUGAACAUCUGGGUAAAUUGUAUUAACUUUCUAUGUUUUUUUCUGAAUCAAAACUUAUACAAAUAUGCUUUUUUGUUUGAUAUAGAAUGCUCUGUGCCUUUAAAGCUGCUCAUCCUCAGAUCUUUGUCAAAAUAUUCAAUUGCUUAAAAUCGAUAUUGUUUGGAGAAAAUGGCUAACAAAUUUUUACUUUGCGGGGUAACAUCUCGAAACUAAAACAUUUUAAAGGAAAUUUACCAAAAAUAGUUUACGUUGAUUAAUCAUUCGUGAAUAAAGUAAUGUAAGGCAUUUUGAUGAGACUCAUUUUUUCUCCAACUUCUGAAGGCAAACAGCUUUAAAAUCAGUGGUAAACUUAAUCGUAUUAUAGGUUUGUACCAAUACUUCUAGACUCAUAUUUAUGUCCUCACAAGUCCCCAUGAUAAUAGGACUCCCAUCUCCUUGUUGAAAUGCCUCCUACGCGGAUGUGUAUAUAAUUAAAAUAUUACACGAUUAUUUUAUACAAAUUUGUAUACAUGUUUGAUGCGAUGCUUAUUGAUUUACAUUAACAUUUUGUACAUAAGUUUGGAUAGUUUUGUGUUCCUAAAUAUUUUAUUUAUUUAUUUAUUUUGUUGGGUUUAACGUCGCACCGACACAAUUUUAGGUCAUAUGGCAACUUUCCAGCUUUAAUGGUGGAGGCAGACCCCAGGUGCCCCUCCGUGCAUUAUUUCAUCACGAGCGGGCACCUGAGUAGAACCACCGACCUUCCGUAAGCCAGCUGGAUAGCUUCCUCACAUGAAGAAUUCAACGCCCCGAGUGAGGCUCGAACCCACAUCGAUGAGGGGCAAGUGAUUUGAAGUCAGCGACUUUAACCACUCGGCCACGGAGGCCCCUGUAUUCCUAAAUAAAGAAUAUUAUAAAACUGUAAACACUCCAUGAUAGUGUGUGCCUAGACCUAUCAAAAUUGUGACUUGCAUAGGCAUUCUCUGAAGAUGGACGACUACCACCUUAAAGGUUAUCUAUUAGGUGUCACAAGAAAGACUUGCCCGGUUGUCGCCCUUGAGAGGCCCUUUUUAGUGAAAUGAACGAAGUCAAAAGUCAUUCUGUGCAUUUUUUUUCAUGUAUGUCAUAUAAAAUACCUUAUAUCUUGGUCAUUUAUCGGUGUAGAACAACAAUAAUGGUAUCACAUUGAAGCUAUAGCUUUGUACAUUUAUUUUCAAACACUUUAUGCAAAUGUUCGCACAAACAUACUUUAUGAAUAUUUAUGAAAUCUUAAAACGGGGUAAAUAAUUCGUAAAAAAUAUCAUUUUCAUAUGAUGCAAGGAUCAAACCUUCAAUAUUUCUAUUUAUAAAUGGCUAAAACAUACAGAAUUACGUUUGGAACGUAACUGUAUAUUAAAAUAUCUAUAUUUAUAGUAUCAUUUAUUAAUUUUUAAUAUUAAGUGCUGUCAAAUGUGGGUGGGGUAAAUUAAAUACUGAGAACAAAAAAAAAAAAAAAAAAUCAAAAACUUACAAUAUUAAAAUUUCUCACAUAUGAACCAUAUUUUAGAUAUUUAGAUGUUUUGUUUUUAUUAUUGUUCUUGAAUUAUGUUAUUUAAGCGUUUAUCAGCUCAUUUGCAUACUCAUGAAUAUUAAUUACCAUGUGAACAAUUUAUAAGAUAUGCAUUUAAAACAAUUUCAUUCAUUACACAUAUAUCUCGAGUAAACCAAUGAAAUGACUCUUAACAGUUUCAUAAAAUUCUAAGUUCAGCUGGUAACUGUUGCAUGCAUAAAAAUAUUAGAAGUAUGAAUGAAUAUGUAACUUAUUUACUUCUUCAAAUAUGACAUAAUACUGUAUGCUGAAUACAUAACACAUAAAAUUCAUGGAAACAAACAACUCAAACAAACCGCAGUUCAGUCUAGCUCUUGUUGUUUAUAUAUAUAAUACAUAAUACAGUUAUAGAUAUCAAUUGUUAUUCAUAGCUUAAUUGUCCUCAUUGCCAUUCGGAUUUCUACAUUCGGUAGCCUCGCAUGCACAUUCAAACAUGCACACCUGUCCAAACAGGUAACAUUUGCACCUAGCAGUACAACACUUCGUUUUGCAGCCGCAUUUGACAAAAUGCAUGCACGAGCUAAGGACAGAAGGUCUCGUUAUCCAUGAGACUAGAGGUCUUCUGGAUAGUUGAUCCUAGAGGUAACAAAGGAAAGUCGACUCUGGCAAAAAGUUUACUGACCAGAAACUCGGGAAUCAUAUUCAAUGACUAAUUUUAAAAACAAUAUGUACUUGUACAAUAAGGAACCAUUAGUGAUAUUUGAAGUGGGCAAAGAUAAGACUGAACGAGGAUGAUGAGACCCCAACCCCAAAAGACAAUUUGAAAAUCUUAGAACAAUCGAAGAAUGGCUAUGCCAUAAGCACUAAGUACGUUCCGGAGAAAAAAGUGUUCAAACCACCUGUUGUUCUGGUUUUGAGCAACCAUUUGCCCCAGAAGAAGCAGUUAUAACUCUGGAUCGAUGGAAUGUGAAUCAAUUCAUGGACGACAAUAUAACAUAUUUUAGUCAGUAACAUGUAACUGUAAUAUUUGUAUAACAUUUAACAUUUUGAUUAACAUAUAUUUUGAUAUGACGUUUAACAUUUAAAAACUGAUAUGUAUGACAUAAAUGACGUUUUUAACAUGGCAAAACCUGAUGAUGUAUAUUAGUAUGUUGUUAUAAUAUGUUAUUUUUGAAAGCCCUACAGCUUGUUUGUUAGUUGAAUAUGUAUGCAUAGUAAAUGUUAUCUUUA